AUGUCCAACCAGCCAGUCCACGUCGAUGCGCAAGUCGAAGGCGGCCUCCAGCAUGUCUCCUCCCGGCGGUCCCAGCAGGGGAGCCUCCAAAAAUGCCAUUAUAUCUUCAAGAGGCUCAGCCGGGUUCUUCCACUCCCUAGCCGGCGAUUGUCGCGUGUCAUGCUCGCCGUAUUGUUUCUAGUAAUGUUCUUACUCGUGAUACCAGAGCUGGGUGGAAUGACGCCUCGCAAGGCCCACUACUACCGUCUCUGGAAGAACAUUACAAUGCGCGUUGAUGCCGUCGACUAUCUAGUCAUCUCGAUCAUUUGGAUCUUGAACUUUGUCGGCUUCAUGACUUCUGGCCUCACCAACGUCUUCCUCACCGAUCGCCUCGGUUUUGGCAUCGCUGCCCCUUUGGGGGCAAGUAUGCAAGGCUUGGCGUAUAUCCUCAUGUGCUGGGGCAGCCCUUAUCCCCUGUUCUUGAUUGCAUACAUCUUCAAUGGGUUUGGUCUGGGUCUUCAGGACGCCCAAGUCAACUCCCUGACUGCCCGCCUCCCCAACGCUCCCACCAAAAUGUUCCUCAUGCAUGCGCUGUAUGGAUUUGGAGCAACGAUCUCUCCAUUUGUCGCUACCGCUUUCGUGCAACACAUCCCUGACAGGGUGUACUUGUAUUUCACCGUCAGCUUAGGGCUGGCGGUUCUCACGGCGGCGCUAGUAUUGGGGGUUUUCCGCCUGCGGACAGAAGACCAGAUCGUCGGAAGCAGACAGGAGGAAGUGGAGGAAAAGAAAGAGGUGUCCCCAACCGAGACCGUUCAAGAGGAUGGUCCACCAGUGAAGAAGAUCAACCAGGAUAGCGGGAGCAAGAUGAAGAGGAUCUUGAAGACCCCCGUGGUACACUACAUGGCAUUCUACAUGGUCAUUUAUGUCGGUGUCGAAGUUACCAUUGGUGGUUGGGCGACUACAUUCUUGAUUGAUGAGCGAGGUGGCGACAGUAACGCUGGCUACGUUUCGGCUGGCUAUUUCGGAGGUCUCACACUUGGAAGAGUCAUCUUCAUUCCUGUCUCUAAACGACUUGGCCCCCACCUCUCCAUCUGGACCUACACUAUCGCUUCUAUAGUAUUAUCCCUUAUCAUCUGGUUCACCCACACCAUCGUCGGUAACGCCGUCUGCUUCGCCCUUGUCGGUGUCUUCCUCGGGCCCAUGUACCCUUUGGUCAUGAAUGUCGUCACUGAGGUGUUGCCUGGGGAGCUUCAGGGAGGGACGAUUGGGUGGAUAGCGAGCUUAGGGCAAGCUGGCAGCGCUAUGAUGCCUUUUAUCACAGGAGCCAUCGCUGAAAAGUAUGGCGUUUGGAUCCUCCAGCCACUCUCCAUAGCCUUCCUUGCGGCUUCGCUGGUACUUUGGAUGUUUGUCGUAAGAGUCAGUCAACCAGACAGGCCGUUUUGGCAUAUACCCAGGGCCGUGACAAGCAGACACGAGAAAGAAAAGCGGGACGAAGAUGUAGGUGAAAGAGUGGCUCUGGAUGAGGUCAAGCGCCCAACAGAGAUAGGUGAUGAUAGCUUGCAUGGUAGCAGGUGA